CUUCUUUUUUUUUUCUUUUUGAGAGCGAGAGGGAAGGCAGAGCCGCUCUUCUCCCCCCUCUCUCUUUUCACGCGCUCGAUCUUUUUCUUUUUAUUUUUGUUUCCCUUGGGGUAGAGGUGCACACGAGGGGGAAAAAAAAAAAAAAAAAAAAGUAAAGGACUAUGUUUGCUUCGUGGCUGACUUUCGCCGUGCUCUGGGGAACUUUCUGUGCAGGACCAGGCCAUGGGGAGGCUGAGACAAGGGAGUGCAUCUACUACAAUGCCAACUGGGAGCUGGAGAAGACCAACCAGAGCGGCGUGGAGCGCUGCGAGGGGGAGAAGGACAAGCGGCUCCACUGCUACGCCUCCUGGAGAAACAACUCGGGCUCCAUCGAGCUGGUGAAGAAAGGCUGCUGGUUAGAUGACUUCAACUGCUAUGACAGGCAGGAGUGUGUAGCCACAGAAGAAAACCCUCAGGUGUUUUUCUGCUGCUGCGAGGGCAACUAUUGCAAUGAGAAAUUUACCCAUUUGCCUGAAGUCACCGGCCCAGAAGUCAUAUACGAGCCGCCGCCGCCAACGCCCUCCCUGCUCAACAUCCUGGUGUACUCCCUGCUGCCCAUCGCCGUGCUGUCCAUGGCCAUCCUGCUGGCCUUCUGGAUGUACCGGCACCGGAAGCCUCCCUACGGCCACGUGGACAUCAUUGAGGAUCCUGGCCCACCACCCCCUUCUCCCCUGGUUGGCCUAAAGCCCCUGCAGCUCUUGGAGAUCAAGGCGAGGGGACGCUUUGGCUGCGUGUGGAAGGCUCAGCUGAUGAAUGACUACGUAGCAGUGAAAAUCUUCCCUAUUCAGGAUAAGCAAUCUUGGCAGAGUGAGAGGGAGAUUUUCAACACUCCUGGCAUGAAGCAUGAAAACCUUUUGCAAUUUAUCGCAGCAGAGAAAAGGGGGACAAACCUGGAGACAGAGCUCUGGCUGAUCACAGCUUUCCAUGACAAGGGUUCUCUGACGGAUUACCUGAAGGGCAACAUUAUCAGCUGGAACGAGCUCUGCCAUGUUGCAGAAACAAUGGCCCGUGGCUUGUCCUACCUUCAUGAAGAUGUCCCCUGGUGCAAAGGUGAAGGACACAAACCUGCCAUAGCACACAGGGACUUCAAGAGUAAAAACGUCUUGCUGAAGAAUGAUUUGACGGCUGUGCUAGCUGAUUUUGGACUGGCUGUACGGUUUGAACCUGGAAAACCUCCAGGAGACACUCAUGGACAGGUGGGAACAAGGAGGUACAUGGCUCCCGAAGUGUUGGAGGGAGCAAUCAACUUCCAGCGAGACGCCUUCCUGAGAAUAGACAUGUAUGCAAUGGGACUGGUGUUGUGGGAGCUAGUCUCCAGAUGUAGAGCAGUUGAUGGUCCGGUGGAUGAAUACAUGCUGCCUUUUGAAGAAGAAAUAGGUCAGCACCCAUCCCUUGAGGACCUGCAAGAAGUGGUGGUUCACAAGAAGAUGCGCCCCGUGUUCAAGGACCACUGGCUAAAACAUCCCGGCCUGGCGCAGCUCUGCGUGACCAUCGAAGAGUGCUGGGACCACGACGCGGAGGCGCGGCUCUCGGCGGGCUGCGUCGAGGAGCGCAUCGCGCAGAUCCGCAAAUCCGUCAACGGCACUACCUCGGACUGCCUCGUCUCCAUCGUGACAUCCGUCACCAACGUGGACUUGCCACCCAAAGAGUCUAGUAUCUGAGUCCUGGGUCCUGGUUCACUUUUGUCUUUCCAGACUCAGCGGAUUUAAAGAAACAAGCAAACAAAACAAAAAAAAAAAAAAAAGAAACAAGGAAAAGAGUUUAAAAAAAAAAAGUACAAAAAAAACAAAAUCACAAAAAUUCAACAAACCCAUGAAUGCAGCUGCUAUUUUAUCUUGACUUUUUAUUAUUAUUGUUAUUAUUAUUAUUAUUAUUUUUUUGGAUUGGAUCAAUUUUACCAGCACAUUGCUCUACUGUAUUAAAAAAAAUGGACAUUUCAGCAAGCAUUCAGGUGCCGACUAAUGAAUGCAGAAAAGGUGCAGGUACCUCAGAACCUCAACAAACUCACUUCAGUUGUUUUUAUUUUAUUCAGUUUUAUGGGUUUCUCUUUAUCAGUCUGUCUUCUGAGCAGAGCAUCUGUGACAUAAAGCUUAUGUGACACAAAGGAAAACCACCUACCACCUUCGAAAACGCAAUGCUGCAAACUGUGGAGGAAACUUAAGACUGUUAUGUAAAGAAUACACCUUCCUCAAAAGCAUUUUUCCCCAUUUUGGUUUUGGGUUCAGUUUCUUUUUUAUUUUUUUAAAUUUUUUUUUUUUUUUUGGAAGUGAGCUUCAGAAAAAAACAGCAGAUGUGUCUUUUACGGAUCUAACGGGUGUCAUUGUAACGGGAAAAAAAAAAAAAAAAGUAACUGGGCAGAGAAUGUUAAUUCUUGAUGGUAUAAUUGAAGGGGGGAGCAUAGAAUAGGGGUGGGCAGAGUGACGUUGGACUUGGCAGCAUUUGGGGAAACAUCAUUUGCUAUGGAGCUACUUCUCAGGUAACCAUUAGAGGAGAGGAAGGACAUUUCUGGGUAGAGUAUUUACGGCAGCAGCGUAUGGAGAAAGCGGAGUUCAAGAGGCAGUGGUUGGAAGACAGGCACUUGUUUCUUCCUCCAGACCCUGGAUUUGGGUGGUAAAAGAACAAAGCUGGACUAUAACUUUUAUUUUUCAGUUCCAGGUAGUAGUAGGAAGGAUGCUUUUAAGCAAUGUCAUCAGGACAGGUGGGGAAGUGUGAUUUCACAAGCACUUUGGUAAAAUACUGGAAGAUGAGAAAAUUUUUGCAUCUCGUUUUAAGUGUGAGUCAGUUGAGAAAAUUUGGCCUUGGGUUGAUUAUCUCUCAGCUCAAGCUAAUGGUGCAGAUGGUGGAAAGAGGAAAACUGGAUGUAUAAUUUUUUUUUCUUUAUUAAUUUGGGACUGGGGGAGUGAAUGGUGGCAGCCGGCUCCUGUAGCAUCUGAGAAGCCUGAGUGCUGCCUGGCUGCAGGGAGCUGAGGCAGCUCAGCAGCAGCAGUGAUUCCCACAGCACCUCUCCCACUGGUUUCUUUGACGCUGCUUUCUCCUUACUCUGUGAUGAAACUCUUUUGUCUUAAAGUGGUGCAUAUUCAAAAAUACCGUUACUCUUAUUAUGCCAUAAACUCGCUCUAGUCAGUGAAUGUUCCUAAUGCUGCUGAUUCAACAUUGAAAUAUUUUUUUAAUUUGCAAAACAUGCAAUGUUU